AUGGCACAAUAUGAAGCAUUAUAUGGUAAGAAAUGUAGAAGUCCAGUAUAUUGGGACAAGGAAGGCUUGGAGAUUCUAGAAGGAUCAGAGAUUGUUCAAGAAACUAUUUCCAAGAUUGACGUCAUUAAAAGUAGGUUGAAAGCAACACAAGACAGACAAAAGAGUUAUUAUGAUAACCGUCAAAAGGAGAUGGAAUAUAAGGUGGGGGAUAAAGUGUUUUUGCGAGUUUCACCUUGGAAAGGAGUCAUGCGUUUCAGGCAAAGAGGUAAGUUGAGUCCUCGUUAUAUUGGUCAAAAUGAUAUUGUAGAAAGAGUUGGACCAUUGGCGUACAGGUUGGCAUUACCUCCAGAGUUAGAGCAGAUUCAUAAUGUUUUCCACGUCAGUAUGCUUCGACGUUAUCGAUAUGAUCCUUCACAUAUUCUGAAAGAUCCUGAUAUACAGAUUUCUGAGAAUUUGAGUUAUAUAGAAGAACCAGUUAAUAUAGUAGACCGUCAGAUCAAGCAACUGCGAAGAAAAGAUAUCCCAAGGGUUAAAGUUAAUUGGCGAAAUCAUGGAGUCGAAGAGGCAAAUUGGGAAACAGGCGAAAAGAUGAAAAAGAACUAUCCACAUCUGUUUACGGGUUAG